AUGGCUGCAUGCAUAUCUUCAUCAAUAGGUCACGAUGAUCACUAUUCUUCCAACAAGUUCGAUGAAUCGCGCUGCAAGAGGUAUUUCGAUUUUUCUUCAUACGAAAAUAAUGAUCCAUUGGUAAAUAAUGUUCAUAGCAUCAAAUUGCCAUGCCUAAAAAUGGUGGUUGGAUCUUUAUACUUGGCCAAAGACAAUCCAAAGAAGCCACUAGGUGAUGAUGCAUACUUCAUCUAUGAAUAUUACCAAACUAUUGGUGUUGCUGAUGGUGUUGGUGGUUGGGCGAAAAAGGGAAUCGACGCUGGAAUAUAUGCAAGAGAGCUUAUGAGAAAUUCACUUAUCGCUACGAAUAAUGAACCAAAGGGCCAUGUAAACCCUAAAAGGGUUCUUGAAGAAGCUUACAAAAAUACAAAUUAUGAAGGAUCGUCCACAGCUUGUAUUAUAACGUUAAACUCAGAGAAAAAUACUAUACGUGCUGCUAACGUUGGCGAUAGUGGAUUUUUCCUACUUAGAAAAGGGAAAAUUAUAUACAAGUCAUCGAUACAACAAAGGGGAUUUGGGUGUCCGUAUCAAUUGGGAAAGUGUAAUGAUAAUCCUACUGUUGCUAAGGAGAUGGAAUUAAUCGUUAAAAAAGAUGAUAUUUUGAUCGUUGGAACAGAUGGGAUGCUUGAUAAUAUGAAUCAAAGUGAGAUUGAGAAAAUUGUUCGAAGGGCCAUCGAUGACAAGUUGAAGGCAGAAGAGUUGGCUAGAAAAAUUGGAAAACUUGCAUUGUAUAACUCAUUAGAUAGAUUUGCAGAUACACCAUUUGCAAGAGCAUCAAGACGUAAAGGAGGAAAAGUUGAUGAUAUUACUGUUAUUGUUGCUUAUUUCCAGUGA